AUGAGUGCGGGACCGUCAGCGGAGGCGCCGGAGGAAUACGAGGGGCCCUACAAGGCUGAGCUCGAGGCGCCAUUACUCGAGAUCUUCGUGCAGCCUCCCACGAAAGUGCAUUACGACGAGGCCUUCCCUUGGCCGCUCGUCGUCGGCAGCGAGUACGCCGAACACGAGGGCUUGGAGAUCAAGGCUUUCCUGCACUAUAUCCGUCACGACAAGGCUGGCAUCCCACGGCCGGAUUUGCCAGAUUUCUGCUCGAUCGGUGUGCACAUUUCCAGCACUCUCCAACUCCCAGAGACCGACGGCAAGAAGUUGUGGUCAGGCGAUUAUGGCUAUGCAGUGAUCCCUGUCACGUUUGCUCAUGGCCCCAACCAGAGCUAUGGAUGGUUCAAGAUCUGUCUCAUCCGCCAGACAAUAGGUUCUACCAAUGAGCUCGGUGAAAAAGACUAUGGCAGUUUGGAAGAGUUUUACGAGUUGUGCAAGAACAAGAAGCACGUCUUGGCGGAAACGGCCGAGUUCGAAGUAGUACCGACACCUCUUGGCGUGAGAUAUGCGGACUCGAAGCCAUUCCCAGACGAUAUGUGGGCGGUGGGAGAAUUGAAGAAAGCCGACAACUUUAAGUCUAUGCUGCCCGAGCUGAAGACCGUACCGGGCGACUUAGGGCUACCUACAUUGGUACCGAUGCCAUCGCUCCACUUCCCGGUGUAUUCCUACGUCAAGAAUGUGAUCGAAUGCGGUCAAGCAUUCCACCCGCCGCUCGUCGUUCAAGUGAGAAGCUUACCGCGAAACGAGGUUUUCUCUCCCGUAAUCACCAUAUCGCCCCUCGCUCCAAGACUGAACGGCAACUACAUCGACGAGGAGCAGACCGACGAGGAGCAGACCGACAAUGAAUACACCAAAGAGGAAUACACCAAAGAGGAAUACAUGCUCAAAGGCCAGGUUCAACACAUCGCAAGAAUGUUGCCCGAUGCCGUGACGGACGAGAGCUACGCUGAACCCUAUCGCUAUGCGAUUUUCGACGGCAUGACCUUUGCAACAAGCUCGAAAGACGGCGAAGGUUAUAGAUUCCGGGCAACGCUCCAAAAGGAGAAGGGGUCUGAUGAUGAAAAUGAGGACGAAUCCUCCGACGAGGGAACUGUUGUUGGUGAAGAUAAGAAGUCUGUUCAUAAAGAUGAGAAGGCUGCUGAUGAAGAUGAGACGUCUGCCGAUGAAGAUGCGUCUGUCGCUGAAUCUGAGUCUGUCGCUGAAUCUGAGUCUGCCGAUGACUCUGCGUCAGAAUACUACACCGAGGAAGAAAGGGGCAACUAA